UUUUGAAGGAUGAGUUCGGUGGAUGGUACAUGGCGCUAUCCACCACCGCUAGAUUGGUGGUUUAUAUAACGUUUUUGGGGACUAUAAUGUUCCUUAUAUUUUUGAUAUUGAAAUCUCUGAACGAUUGUGAUACGGAAGAUGAUGACAUGGAGAGUUUACCAUUGGUAGCAGGACAAGAAGUAGUCACCAUCUGGACGCCGUUGGUCUACGAGCCGUCGGGGGUAACGGGGAACAGAGAUUUUGAAACGGCGUCGUUUAGCUCCGCUGAGGAUGUGGACUACUCGACAUUGUGUGUAAUAUGUUUCGAGGAACGAAGAAACUGUUUUUUCGUACCGUGCGGUCACUCUGCCACUUGUAAGGGAUGUGCUCUGAGGAUCAUGUCGGAAGAAAACAAGGUGUGUCCGAUUUGCCGGAGGGUGAUACGCAAAUCUAAGAGAUUACCGCUGAAUCUUUGA